GUCCUUGGCACCAGACUGCCUGGAUUUAAAUAGCAGCUCCAAACUUUGCAGCUGUGUGGCUUUGCUCAAGUUACCUAACCUCUCUGAUGGUUAGUGAGCACAGUCUCCCCGAGGUUCGCAUGCCUUAAAUUCAGGAAGAGCCGGGUUCGGUUCGGAGAAAGUCUCCGUUUGACAGUGUCUGUGUGUCCUGGGUAAGCCGCCUCCGGCCCGACGCUGGGUCCUAAAUCCGGGCACCUCACAAAGGUUAAGGGAUUCACGAAGGAGGUGUGGCUUCCCGACGUGAGUCACGGGCAGAGAAACCACAAUUGCAGGGUCCGGACACCCUGGUCUUGGGACUCAGCUGGCAGUGGUCCCUGUGCACCGUGUGCAAGCUUGUGAGCAGCCGAACCUGCAGACCGCAGAUCCACACCUGCGCAGCUUCCUCCCUCUGGCUGCACCAUGUCUGGCUCCUACGAUGAGGCCUCGGACGAGGUCACAGACAGCUUCUGGGAGGUGGGGAACUACAAGCGGACGGUGAAACGCAUUGACGACGGCCACCGCCUCUGCAACGACCUCAUGAGCUGCGUGCAGGAGCGCGCCAAGAUCGAGAAAGCCUAUGCGCAGCAGCUCACCGACUGGGCCAAGCGCUGGCGCCAGCUGAUCGAGAAAGGCCCACAGUAUGGCAGCCUGGAGCGUGCCUGGGGUGCCAUGAUGACUGAGGCAGAAAAGGUGAGCGAGCUACACCAGGAGGUGAAGAACAGCCUGCUGACUGAGGACCUGGAGAAGGUGAAGAACUGGCAGAAGGACGCCUACCACAAGCAGAUCAUGGGGGGCUUCAAGGAGACCAAGGAGGCGGAGGACGGCUUCCGGAAAGCCCAGAAGCCCUGGGCCAAGAAGAUGAAGGAGCUGGAGGCGGCCAAGAAGGCCUAUCAUCUGGCUUGCAAAGAAGAGAAGUUGGCCAUGACUCGGGAGGUGAACAGUAAGACAGAGCAGUCGGUCACCCCCGAGCAGCAGAAGAAACUUCUGGACAAGGUGGACAAGUGCAGGCAGGACGUGCAAAAGACUCAGGAGAAGUAUGAGAAAGUGUUGGAAGAUGUGGGCAAAACCACGCCGCAGUACAUGGAGGGCAUGGAGCAGGUGUUCGAGCAGUGCCAGCAAUUUGAGGAGAAGCGACUGGUCUUCCUUAAGGAGGUCUUGCUGGAUAUCAAACGGCACCUCAACCUAGCGGAGAACAGCAGCUACACCCAUGUGUACCGAGAGCUGGAGCAGGCCAUCCGGGGAGCUGACGCCCAGGAGGACCUCAGGUGGUUCCGCAGCACCAGCGGCCCUGGGAUGCCCAUGAAUUGGCCUCAGUUUGAGGAGUGGAAUCCAGACCUCCCCCACACCGCUGCCAAGAAGGAGAAACAGCCUAAGAAGGCAGAGGGGGCCACACUGAGCAAUGCCGCCGGGGCUGUGGAGUCCACAUCCCAGGCUGGGGACCGCGGCAGUGUCAGCAGCUACGACCGAGGACAACCGUAUGCCGCCGAGUGGUCGGAUGACGAGAGCGGGAACCCCUUCGGGGGGAAUGAGGCCAACGGCGGCGCCAACCCCUUCGACGACGAUGCCAAGGGAGUCCGCGUGCGA